AUGUCGUGAUCACACAACACACCAUCAUCGCGACAUCAAAACUCAUUUUUUGUGCAAGCAGACAAAAAUAAAAAAUUCAGAAAAUGACAAAAAAAUAUAAUAAAUGUUGAAAAUAAAAAUAAAGAAUUACAGUAAUGGAAAAUCAAAGUAAAAAGCCAAAACCCAAAACUAUACGUAUUCAAUACCCAGCAGCGUAUUCCCCACCGAACAAGGCGAGCCCAGAGGCACUAUCUCCACAAACGGUCAAAAGAAAAUCUGGAAUUAAAUCGUACUCUGAUUCUAUAAGGGUCGUCAUAGAGAAGAAAAAAAACAAAGAGACGGGCAAAAUAGUACAAUCGCCGUGGCGUCCGUCGUCACCUCGCGACGUGAUAUCGCCCACCAACACUAAAAACAGCUACCACUCAGCACAGUCGUGGCAGGACAAGGAGAAGAAGGCAGGCAGACAGACAAAUAAACUGAAGCCGGCGAGGCGCGUGUCCUCCCGCAGCAUCCAGAUACAAACGCCUGCCUUCAUAAAAAGCAGCACGGUUCGUCCAUGGCUUGACGAAGAGAAGACAGCCAGACAGACGAAACAGAAGCCGGUGAAGCGCGCGUCCACACGCAUGCUACAAUCGCCCACCCACAGAAUGAAGGCUGCGUCCACACGCCAAAUGUCAUCGCCCACCUUUAGAACGAGACAAGCGCCUUACCAGACGCAAUCGCCCACUUUUAGGACAAGGCGUGUGCCCUCUCGCCAGAUUCAAUCGCCCACUUUUAGAAUGAGACGCGUGCCCUCCCGCCAGGUUCAAUCGCCUAUUUUCAGAAUGAGGCGUAUGCCGUCUCGACAAAUUGAAUCGCCCACCCGCCGGAUGCAAUCGCCCACCUUCAGAACGAGGCGUGUGCCUUCCCGCCAAGUACAAUCACCUAUUAGAAGAACUCGUAUUCGCGCUCUCCCCCCGCGGAGACUAUCACCUCUGUUUGGUGUUUCGCCGCCUCGGCCGACCCGGUCGAACUGCUGCCGUCCGCCUAACAAGCGUUUAGAUGCGAACGCAAUCCAUCUAAAAUACGGCCUGUUCCCUAAGAAACCAGCGCCCCAGAGAAAAACGUCGAACUCCACACUUAACAAGCCGGCUGUGAAUAAGAAAAAGACUACUCCGACUGAAUCAUUCAUUCAAUCGGUCAUGGAUCAGAACUCAGUUCAAAUGGGGCAAAAUCUUAUUACAAAAAAGAGAGGAUUAACGGACUCGUACCAAUCUGAGCAGGCGCCUUCAGACGGGCCCACGCUGGUGUUUCAGCCAACCGCUCCAGUGCCCCAGAUCAUGCAGCGACUAUGCACCACAGAUAUCUUCCAUAUGGACAUCAAACCCGGCAAUAAUCGCUUCGCGUCUUCGCGAAUCCCUAAAGUUACCGUUUUUUAAAUUUGCACUAUCAUUAUCUGGAUAAAAGCGUUAUGUAUUUAUUUAUACAUUGUCUAUGGAUUGUACAUGUCCCAUCAUUCGCUGUUGUGCAGCCUUGAUAAUUGUGAUUAGUUAGCGCGGUGUGACGUCGUGUAGAUCCGGCUGUGACGUACAGUUCCGUGCGGAGGAGGGGCAAAAUUGCUCCACGUCCGUGUGAAUGGCUAAGAUAAAGAAAAAAAAUCGUAUCAUUGCUUGUAUUCACUUCUGAUUUCGUAUACGUAAAUAUAUGUGAUCCCGCAUUGAACCACGUACGAAAUGUAUUAAUGUAAGUUUGUAAAAUAAUGUGGGCUCAUACGGAAAUCUUAAUUUUCUCUUUUUGAUCACUGAAUCUGAAUUAAGUACACAAUAUGGCCGUGUUUAAAACAAAGAUUUAGGUAAGCAUUGAAGAGAAAAUGAAAUUAUUGUUUUAAGUUAUUAAAAAAAAAGUAUGUAAUUUUUACUUAGCACGAUUCUGUGCUUCAACCAUGAUUUUAUGCUUUUUUUUAAAUAACUUCUUUAUGUAAUGUUUUUUUUCUUUUGCUAUAGAUAAAAAAUCUUUAAGUAAAAA